AUGUCUUCCAACUCCAUCAAACUUCUAGCACCCGAUAUUGAUCGUGGACUUGCCCAAUUGGUUGCAAAGAGAUUGGGUUUACCAUUGACACCAGUUGAAUUCAAAAGAGACUCAAACAAAGAGGUGCUUUUCAGUAUUGGCGAAUCCAUUCGUGAUGAGGACAUAUACAUCAUCAUGCAGAUUGGUGCCGGUCCGGUCAACGAUAAAGUCUUUGAAUUGUUGAUUAUGAUCAAUGCAUGUAAGGCUGCUUCAGCUAGAAGAAUCACUGCAGUUCUACCUAAUUUCCCCUAUGCUAGACAAGACCGUAAAGAUAAGAGUAGAGCCCCAAUUACUGCAAAACUAAUGGCAGACAUGCUAACCACUGCAGGUUGUGACCAUGUGAUUACAAUGGAUUUGCACGCUUCCCAAAUCCAGGGUUUCUUUGAUUCCCCCGUUGACAACUUGUACGCAGAACCAAGUGUUGUUAGGUAUAUCAAGGAGAAAGUCAACAUCAAAGAUGCAAUCAUUAUUUCGCCAGAUGCAGGUGGUGCUAAGAGAGCUGCAGGUUUAGCUGAUAAAUUAGAUUUAAACUUUGCACUUAUCCAUAAAGAACGUGCCCGUGCAAACGAGGUGUCGAGAAUGGUCUUAGUAGGUGAUGUCACCGAUAAAAUCUGUAUUAUUGUUGAUGAUAUGGCAGAUACUUGUGGUACCUUGGCUAAGGCUGCCGACGUUUUACUGGAUAAUGGUGCUAAAUCCGUCAUUGCCAUCGUUACACAUGGUAUUUUAUCUGGCAAUGCAAUCCAAAAUAUCAAUAACUCCAGAUUGGAAAGAGUUGUCUGUACAAACACCGUUCCCUUUGAAAGCAAACUUUCAGAGUGCCCUAAACUAGACACCCUAGAUAUCUCGGGCGUCUUGGCCGAAGCUAUUAGAAGACUCCAUAAUGGUGAAUCUAUCUCCUUCUUAUUCUCUAAUGCACCAUACUAA